AUGUGCCUUAGUGGGAUGGCUGUAAAAAAGGGUCGACGUGGGGAGAAAGAAAGAAGUGGUAAUAAAGCAUUUAUGCUACCAACAGAAAAUAGGAAGUGUGAAAGCGCUGGACAGAAGACAUUUCCAAUUCCUCCCUCACAACAUGUUGUAAUACACAAUGAUAAUCCAGAUCAGAUGGAUAAAAAUAUUUCGUUCAGUCGUAUAAAAAUAUUUCACACCAAUCGUUUGCGUCGGCCGAAACAUAUGCAUGUUAUUCAAAGAAUCAAGGAGAAUCCCUUGCAGUGUAAACUUCUUGUGAUAUUGAAAGAAAAUCUGGAAUGGUAUAAGAAACAUAAUGUCCCCGUAACGCUUUCCUUACUUAAUGUAUGGUCUUCUCACAAAAAAAAGCAUCAAAUUAAUGAAUGUAUUAUUAUUAUGUUCCAUGCUGCAAACCAUAUUUUCGUAACAGAAUAA